AUGCAACAAAUCUCAGAACAUCUCAUGCCAAACACAAAUGAAGUAGCUUUACUCACUUACCAGGAGCUCAAAGGCUUCCACAGUUAUCUUACUGCCAUCAACCCAAGAGUCAUGCCGCUCUUAGGAUUUUCUUCUCUGUUGUUCCUGGUAUUCAUUCCCACCAGGAUCUGGGCUUGCUUACAAUGUGACCCAGUGUUUAAGAGCAAUAUAGCUAAGCUCCGGACUGACAUUGUUCCAAAAAAGAUACGGGACACUCGCUUGAAGACACGCGCUGAAGUCCUCCUCAAGGGCCUUGAGGGGGAUUUCUUUCUGCAUUAUGCCACUAGCCAGUUUUCGGGAUUGGCAGUUAAAUCCAUGGUUGAUGCCUUGAUCCAAGAGGUGAAGAUCACAACAGAAAAACUGCUUCAAACCCAACGUACAGAUGAGGAUCUGCUGGAAGAAUUGGUGGACUUCCGGACAAAGGCAACCAUGAGUCUCAAGAAAGCCUUAAAGAUGUACCAAAUACAAGGUUGUGAUGAAAAUAUAUGUGCAACAUUGAAAUAUGAAGUAUUUAAUUGUGGAAGAUGCCUGCCAACAGAGGCCUAUUGCUUGUCACUAAGUCAGUGCUUUGUUGAUAACCAAGACCGUCUGGCCCUUCGCUUCGGGGAACCAUUGGUGGAACCAGACAUCGCUCGGACUGGAGUGGCCAUUGUCCUGUGUAUGGGCGGAGUGUUGUUCCUGGUGAUCAUAGGCGUCAUUAUCAUGUACUGGAGAAGUCAGCUGUAUCGUUAUGUUUAG